GGCGCUUGCAAGACCAUUGUUCAAAGAUCGGAGGAAGUUUUCACAGAUGGCUGAUCCAAUGCUCCAAGGUCAGUACCCUGUGAGGGGCUUAUAUCAAGCUCUUGCUGUUGCAGCAAUGUGCGUUCAGGAGCAGCCUAACAUGCGCCCAGUGAUAGCUGAUGUUGUCACAGCCUUGACUUAUCUUGCAUCACAAAAGUAUGACCCUGAAACGCAGCCAGUUCAAAGCUCACGCUGGGCACCUUCUACUCCACCAAGAGCAAAAAAAGAUGGUGAUAAGAGACAGUGGUGGUAG